AUGGAGCCCAAGCACUUCGACCACGAGGAGGAGCUCUGGUGCAAGAUCAGCAACGUCAAGCUGAGCGAGAAGUCGCGCCUGAAGGACGACGAGGUGAAGCCGGUCAAGGACGACGAGUCCCGGGCGGCUCAGGCCAAGUUGGACCUGGAGGUCGAGCGCGAGUGGAAGCAGUUGCAGGAUGCCGGCGCCGGGAAAAUUGAGAUCGCCAGCAGUUCGUGGGCCAAGAGUGUCUGCAAAGGGCUUACCAUCAACCACAUGAACAUGCGCUGCGCCGACACGGGUCGACUGAUGUGGCAGUCAGAUGAAUGGGGUGACGACAUCUAUCGUGUGGAGCAGAAAGCGCGUCUUCCGGUGGACAUUCUCAAGUGCUCGGCAGUGUCGCGCGAGAUCAACUUCAGCUCCGCCGAGGAGAUCUCGCAGUUUCGACUCGAGCAGCGAGUUUUCCUCGACGGAAGCUGCAUUGAAGAAUGGCUUUUCAACUUUGGCUACGUGAUCCCGGGAUCAACCAACACGUGGCAACAGACCAUCGAGUCGGCAGGUCCAGAGAACAUGCUGGACCCAGAGAUGAUGAGUGGCAAGCUCACGAUCGAGACGGCAUUCUACGACGGCCAACUGCCGAUUGCCAAGACCGUCUACAGAAUAUAUUAUGUCUGA